GGGAUAGGGUCACCUCUUCCACUUUAAGAACAGAUUAUACUGCACUCUUCAUUUAAUUUGCAUGAAAGGUGUUGGUAUGGGAAACUGGCAAGGGGUAGCUUGUGCACUGUCAGUUCCCAUGUCAGCUUAUUUAGCAGUAACUUCCUUGUUUUAACAGAUCUCAAGUAUUUAUGACUUAAAGGAAGAACGCUGCAGGUCCAGAAAUCUCCUCCCAGCCUGAGGAGGAAGAAAAACACCGCUUGAAUUUAUCGUUUACCACUUGCCACCAUGACGUCAGCUCAGGGCUGAGCUCUCUACCUGUGGCUGGGACCUUAAAUGAGCUGAUGCCAGAAGAGAAAGGCACUUUCUCUUAGGCUUAGCAGCAAGUGGCAGCAGCAACACAAGUGGCAAUGAGACGCUCUGUGUUCUUCGCUCUGUGGCUCAGUCUGGUGUUGAGCCUUUUGAAAGAAGCCCCUGCUGAAACAUCAGCGGCGCCGAGCUCAACACCUGCAGAAAACAGUACUGAUAAUGCAACAGCUACUGACACACCCGAGGUGACUACCUCAGAACUUACAGAAGCCCCUGCUGAAACAUCAGCGGCGCCGAGCUCAACACCUGCAGAAAACAGUACUGAUAAUGCAACAGCUACUGACACACCCGAGGUGACUACCUCAGAACUUACAGAAAUCAGUACUGUGAAUGGAACAGCUCCUGGCCCAACAGAGAUACCACCCUCAGUACCUCCAGAGGACUUCUGCCAUGGAGAUCCUUGUGGAAGCAGUUUAGCUACAUGUAUUUCCCUACAAAGCAAUUAUACCUGUGUGUGCCAAUAUGGAUUCUACUACAGCAAUAAGGAUUGUCACAAAGGGGAAGUAUACCCAGCCACCAUUGUAGUGAGAGCCUCUUACAGUGAUAAUCUUCAAAAUAUAAAUUCCACUGAGUAUCAAUACCUGUUCAACAAUGUAUCAGAAUUUUUUGAGAAGGCCUUUGAAAAUCUAAAUGAAUAUAGAGAAACUGUCAUUGUGAAAAUUCAACCUCCAAGUAAAAGCAGAAGUUCUGGUUCACUGAAGGUAGCAGUGACAAACCUGUUCACACAGAACUCAGGUGAAAAUGCGGCUACAGUUAGGUCUGCAGUACAACGUGCAAUCGAAAAUAACCAGGCCUUUGUCUCUUCUUAUGAAGUGGAAAACCAUUGUGAUAUUUAUCCAUGUGAUCCUAAAACCACAGUGUGUGUGGAAGUGGAACAACUUCCAGAGUGCGAAUGCAAAUCUGAUUUGGAAAAGAAAGAAGGAGAUGUGUAUUCUUGUUCAGUUUGCAGUAAAAGCUGUUCUGCAGCAAAGCACAAGUACUGCAUACAAGAAGAAGAUGGUCCAGUAUGCAGAUGUAGGAUUAACUUUAAAACAGAGGCUGAACAAUGUGUGGCUUGUUCAGUGGGAUUCUCUGGGGAGGAAUGCACUAAUAAUAGUGAACUCAUCCUUAUAAUAGUGGGCACAGUGUUUGGAGCCAUUAUCCUGAGUUUAGUGAUAGCAAUCUCUGUUAUUUCAGUCAGAGCAAAGCACAAACAAAAGCCAGAGAAGAGGAGCCUGAUGAAGUCAGGGUAUUCUGACAUGAAUACCUCUGAUGACAGACCAAGCAUGUUCCCCAGGGUCCAGACCACUUCUGGCCAUGCAAACCCAGGAUAUCAGCCAAACAACCCCUAUGAGAUGCGUUCCACAAAUAGAGAUCACUUUCCAGAGAGGGAUUAUGAUGAUUUGUACGAAAUAUCAAGGGAGCCCAGGGGCUUUAGGACUCAGAGCAGAUAUUGAGUGACCAGAGCAAUAGAAGGAUGGACGACCACCACAACACUGGGUCAGAGCAAAGAGUUUCACAGCCUCUCACCAAUGCAGUUACUUCAGCAGAAGAGGCAACAAUGUCCUUAACCCCAGAUUCUCAAGAUUUUCAAGAAGAUUCCUGCUUGAAAGAGAUCAUGGACAACUUUGAAAUAAGGGGGAAAUGUUAGAGAGUUGGGAGGAGAAGAGGACUUCUUUUAAAAGAAUGAAUGUGCUCCAAAUAGACUUCUUCAAUGAGGCCAGUACAUUGGCAAGAGAGUGAGUGUUCACAAGGUACCAGGAUUUUAACCCUGCUGGUUUUCAGUUCUUCUGGAAGAUGGUCCAGGCAAUAUGUGUGAUUCUGAAAAACAUCAGUACCCAGAGCUUCACUUGGAUUUGUGCUCACUUAAUUUGAACUACAGCUUUGGGCAGAUGAAAACUGUUUUUCACAAGAAUCUGACCUGUUUCACUUUACUAUAUUAGAUACAGGUUUUUUCACUCUUCUCAAUCCCCCACUAUUUCCCAUCUGAAAGCAUUCUGUUCAGAUCUCUGCUGACAUGGGUUGUGUGAGACAAUGGCACUUGUCUGACCGUUUCCACUGCCCUCUUUCCCAAUACAGUGGCGAGAUACAAUAUCUCCAAACAAAGAUUAUUCUUCUUUCUCUUGCAAAACUGCAUUGAUUUUACAUUUUUAGCUCCUGUGGAAAGUAUUAGCAUUUUUCUUUCUUCUGCAGCCUUUAUGCUUGAAUGAUAAUAAGCUUGGUGUUUGGGUUUUUUAAAAAUUUCUUACAUACUGUUAAUAAAUCUGUCUGUAAAAGAAUUUAUAUUUUACUGUAUUUUACUGAGUGUGCAUUAUCUGUUGACUGGCAUUAAUAUUAUAUUUAUAUAAAAUACUCAUAUGCACACAUAUGUACAUAUAUUUAUAGAUUACAAUCAUUUAAAGAAUCAUUUAGUUGUGUUGUAUUUUGUGUUUUGGUUUUAUAUAUGCCAAUUAACUUUUCCUAUUAAAUGUUAUUUUUUCUCAGUA